AUGAUAGAACAGGACGAAGAAAAGGCAGAAGCUGAGCUGCCCAUCAAAAACAGUGAUAGAUAUCCUGUCACAGACCUUGACCAAGGCAUUGUGGGAUGGGAGGAUCAAGAUGAUCCGUUAAAUCCAAAAAAUUACCCUGUAGCUAGGAAAUGGUUUCUUCUUGUGCUCGUCAGCAUGAUCACUUUCAUCAGUCCCUUCGCAUCUUCAUUAUUUGCACCUGGUGUGGCAGAUGCGGAUCGCGAGUUCGACAACACAUCGUCUAUUCUGGGAUCCCUUGGUGUGACAUCCUAUCUGUUUGGCUACGGUGUCGGUCCAUUGUUUCUGUCGCCAUUGAGCGAGAUAUAUGGGCGGAGAAUCAUUCUCAAUAUUUCCACCUCUUUUUUCGUCCUCUUCCAUGUUGGCUGUGCACUUGCACCGAACCUCUCCGCAUUGAUAUGCUUCAGGGUUCUUACAGGAAUUGGAGGUUCUGCAUGCUUGACUAUUGGGGGUGGGGUUGUGUCAGACUUGUUCGAACCCGAACAGCGCGGUAUGGCCAUGUCAAUAUUCGGCGCUGGGCCUCUCUUGGGGCCUGUCCUUGGGCCUCUUUGCGGUGGCUUCAUUGCACAAAGAGCAGGGUGGAGAUGGAUUUUCUGGGUUCUUGUCAUUGCAGGCGGCUCGUUUACACUCUUCGUUAUGUUGUUCAACCGAGAGACAAACCCUGUUACUCUAUUACGUCGCAAAACAGUAUCCCUGCAGAAAGAGCUGGGCCGUUCUGAUCUCCGCAGCUACUACGACAAAGCAAAAGAUCCGAAAGCCGAGAGCCGCAAACGCAAAGGAAUAUUUUCGCUACGCGGUCUAGCCACUCCAUUCCAGCUUUUGUUCCGCUCGCCCAUCGUGUCGAUCAUCGCUGUAUAUAUCGCCACAGUCUACGGCUGCCUCUAUCUCCUUCUCACAACCGUCACAAACGCCUUCAGAGAGACCUAUCACUGGAGCCUCGAGACCAGUGGGCUAGCCUACAUUGGGCUUGGUUCAGGGUUCCUGUUUGGACAGCUUGUCUUCGCAAUAUUGAGUGACAGAGCCAUCAUUCGUCUCAAAGCCCGCAAUGGAGGUGUCUUCGAGCCAGAGAUGCGCCUGCCACUCUGUGUAGUCUUUGCCUUGUCUGUUCCAGUCUCAUUCUUCUGGUAUGGCUGGUCACUACAGGCUAAAACACACUGGAUCGUGCCCAUCAUCGGUCUUUUCCCCUUCGCUGUCGGCCUGGUUGGCAUUUUUGGCACAUUGCAUACGUACAUCAUUGACUCGUAUCCGCGAUAUGCAGCGUCAGGAAUAGCAGCGCUAACAGUCUCUCGAUCUCUUGUUGGCGCGCUUUUGCCGCUUGCUGGACCUGAUAUGUACCGGACACUUGGUUAUGGCUGGGGGAACUCGUUGCUUGGGUUUAUAACCCUUGCAAUGGUUGGAAUGCCUAUUAUCUUCAAUCGCGUUGGGGCAAGACUGAGGAAUAGCUAUGCAACUAAGUUCAACUAG